AAAACCAAAGCAAAGCAAACCCAGGGCGGCCAGCGGACGGAACCCAAGGCGAAAAGGAAGCCAGCGGAAGCAGCGAAAAGCCCACGCCACCUUCCAAUCCCCCCCAAAUUCCCUUGCAUUCCAUUCCCUUCUUCCCUUCCCACACACCUCCUCCUCCUCCUCCUCCGCGUCUCUUCCCCGGCCCCCACAUCCGUCCCCCCCUCUCUCUCUCUUCGCCGGCCGCCAUUGCGCUCCCGCAUUGCGCCGGGUCCUACCAGUCCAGCGCGGGUCCGUGCCGGCGGCGGGCAUGAUGCCGCGGCGCGUGGCGUCGGUGCCGGUGCCCGACUGGCUGGAGGCGCUGCUGGCCACGCGCUUCUUCCUCGCCUGCGCCGCGCACCCGGCGUCCCCGCGCAACGAGUGCAACAUGUUCUGCCUCGACUGCACGGGCGCGCCGCCGCCGCCGCCGCCGGCCUUCUGCUACUACUGCCGCGCGCACCGACACUCGUCGCACCGCGUCAUCCAGAUAAGGCGGUCCUCCUACCACGACGUCGUCCGCGUGUCGGAGGUGGAGGACGUGCUCGACAUCUCCGGCGUGCAGACCUACGUCAUCAACAGCGCCCGGGUGCUCUUCCUCAACGAGAGGCCCCAGCCGCGCGGCGCCGGCGCGGCCGCGGGCAAGGCCGCCGCGUCCCCCUACAACUGCGAGAUCUGCGGCCGCGCGCUGCUCGACCCCUUCCGCUUCUGCUCGCUCGGAUGCAAGCUGGUGGACACCAAGAGGAGCAACGGCCACGCGGCUAGUUCCGCGGACGGAGGCGGCGGCGGCGGCGGCGCAGCCAGUGGCAAUGACGAGACGACGGAGGCCGGCGGGAGCAAGAACGGCCCGGGGGCGCGGCCGCACGGACGGCGGCGGAAGGGGACCCCACACCGCGCGCCCUUCUGGUCCUGACCCACCACCGGCAAUGGCGAUCGGUCGAGUUACUCCACUAGCGAGCAUCGAGGCAAUCAAGAGAUCGAUAGGGGAAUAAUGGAGGGAGGGGACGAUCGCCGUCUCUCCUCCGCGCCGCCCCGCGCUUCUUCGGUUCGGUUCGGUUUGGUUGUCCUUAUAUAUACGUAAUUAGAAACAGAAAAGCAAAGGAGAGAGAAAAAGAUACUGCCCGCCCAACUAGAGAAAGGAAGGAAGGUUAUAGAUAAACAGAUAGAAAAGCGAGCUGAGGUCGGCACCCUCGCGCGCAUCCCCCCUCAACCACCGGAGGGAGGGAGAGAGGGAGCCGGCCCGGGGCCGCGCGCUCGCUGGACUGCAGUAAGCAACUUGUCUGUCCCCAUCCCUCUCUCACCAUACCAUGGCGCCAUUUGGUACGGUAGGUGUGCAUGAUGGCAUGCCUGAUCAUCUCCUCCUCCUCCUCCUCCUAGUCAUCAUAUUCAUAGAUGAUGCUGGUGAACUUGAGCUAGCAGGAAAUGGAUUUAAUUCUUUCUUUUUUUUUGA